AUGGCCGCAGAGAAGCAUAACGAAGUUAAAAUGACAUCCGGAGAUGAAAAUAAAGAGAAUUCCUCGGAUGCAGGACUUGGGUUGGAAAUUCUCCAGAUAAUUAAGGAUUCUCAGCAACAGCACGGACUACGGCAUGGCGAUUACCAGCGAUACAGGGGUUAUUGCUCUCGUCGGCUACGUCGUCUACGGAAAACCUUGGGCUUUAAAAUGGGUAAUCGUCACAAGUUUACUGGGAAAAAAGUGACGGUGGAGAUGGUCUCUGACAACAGGUACCUCCUGCUGGUCUUGAUGGAGGCGGAGCGGGCGUGGAGUUAUGCCAUGCAGCUGAAACAGGAGGCUAACACAGAGCCACGGAAGCGUUUCCACCUGCUUUCCCGUCUGCGCAAGGCCGCCAAGCACGGAGAACAGCUGGAGCGCUUGUGUGAGAGCCCCCGUGUAGAUGCCAAAACCAAACUAGAGGCUCAGGCUUAUACUGCCUAUCUAACAGGAAUGGUCUACUUUGAGCUACAGCAGUGGAAGCCUGCUAUGGAGGCCUUCAACAAGUGCAAAACAAUCUAUGAGAAGUUGGCCAGUGCUUUUACGGAAGAGCAAGCUGUACUUUAUCACCAGAGAGUGGAAGAGAUCUCGCCCAACCUCCGCUACUGUGCUUACAACAUUGGCGACCAAAAUGCUAUCAACGACCUGAUGCAGAUGAGGCUGAGUGCAGGAGGGGGAGGAGGCAUGAUGGCUGAAAAACUGGAGGCUCUGAUCACUCAGACCCGUGCCAAGCAGGCAGCCACCAUGAGUGAGGUGGAAUGGCGCGGGCGCAUAGUGCCCGUCAAGAUAGACAAAGCCCGCAUUUUCCUCCUGGGCCUGGCAGACAAUGAAGCGGCCAUUGCACAGGCAGCCAAUGAGGAAACCAAGGAGCGUCUGUACGAAUCCCUUCUGGCCGAGUGCCGAGACACCAUCCAGGCCGUGAGGGAGGAACUGCGCAUAGACGUGAAACAGAGAGAGAGGACUGUGGAUGCUGACAGUGGGAAGGUCUCCAAUCUGCAGUAUCUACACAGCUACCUGACCUACAUCAAACUGUGGACAGUGGUGAAGAGGAAUGAGAGUAUGGCCCGCGUACUGCAGGCCAAGCUAAAGGAGCCCCAGACGGACGAGACCAAGAGGAGCCCGCGGCCUCAGGAUCUCAUCCGUCUCUAUGACAUCAUCCUGCAGAGCCUGGCUGAGUUAUCAGCCCUCCAGGGUCUUGAGGAGGACCACACCUUCCAGAAGGAGGUGGCUCUGAAAACCUUGGUGUACAAAGCUUACAGGUGCUUCUUUAUUGCUCAGUCUUAUGUGCUGGUCAAGAAGUGGAGUGAGGCCCUGGUUCUCUAUGAAAGAGUGCUCAAAUACGCUCGUGAGGUCCAGUCCAAAGCCAAGAGCCUCACCAACAGUCUUAAGGACCUACCUGAUGUCCAGGAGUUGAUUGCUGAGGUCAGCGCUGAGAAAUAUUCCCUGCAAGCAGCUGCCAUUUUAGACACGGAGGAUGUGGCCGAAGUACCUGCUCAGCAACAAGUGAAAGACAACAAGCCCUUGUCUGAACGACUGGAAGCUUUUCACCUAGACCCCACCCUUGUAGGAAAACAGCCCAAUCUGGUGCAGUUCCCACCAGAGUUCCAGCCAAUCCCCUGCAAGCCACUCUUCUUUGACUUGGCUCUCAACCAUGUGGCCUUCCCGCCUCUGGACGACAAGGUGGAGCAGAAGGGCAAGGGCGGCCUGACAGGCUACAUCAAGGGCAUCUUUGGCUUCGGCAGCUAGAGCUCGGACCCCCGCCCACUCGCGGGCCUGCCUGACUGCAUGAGGGAGCCACUGAGCACCGGCCUUCUCCAGACUCUGACCUUCAGUCAGUCCUUUAGAUCUGUCCGAUUCUAGAGACCAAGCCUGGUGGUUAUUAGUCCAUGCAGUAGUCAAUCCAACCCAACCCCCGCCCCCUCAACCUUGUCCCAUACAGAGGGAACAUAAAUGAUUUAGUAUCUUUGUUUUUUUUUUUUUU